GAAACGCCCUAAGUGGCACCCUCACAGAGCCGUGCUGAGCAGGAACAGCUCCAGAAGCAUCGUGAAAAUCUUCUACGACGACACAAUGAUUUUUGGAUGCUGUACGCAAUCCGCACUUGGCUCAGUCUGGAGACGUCAAACGACCGGGUCUAUACCUACUGGUUUCAUCCUACCGUUCCCGCCUCGACAGAACAAGAGAUUCAUGAACGAUCUCAGCCGACUGUCCAUAAGACCCCGGCCGACUACCUUCCCCCUGCGCUGGGCUACUUAAGGACACCAAAGACCCCACUGAUGACGGUUCUUGGACGUCGGAGUAAAUAAUGGGUUAUUGUCGUUGCGGUUGCAGGUAGGGAUAGUGUGAUGGAAUCAGCGAAGCAAGAUAGUAAUAACUACUGUGCAAAUAGAUUUUGGCACAGCCAGUGGGAUAGUACAAUAAUUUCCUUCAACAGUUGGCAGUCUCUUUGUCAUUCCUUGCGACUUUCUGUCUAUGCGAAGACAAGUUCUACGACAUUAC